AUGGAUUCAUAAUAAGAACAAAUUUUGCAAGACUUUUAAGAUUAUAUUUCUAAAAAGGUUUAAUUGAACGUGCUUUGUAAUUAUGGAUUAAGUGAUAGCAUCUAAGAAUAUGAAAUUUCUUCUUGGAACUUUCGUAUGGCCCGAUGGGUCAAGAAAAAGAUUUAAAUAAAAUUAAGUGAGAAGAAUGAAAUAGAAUUCAUAAUGUCUGAAUCAAUUCUACAAAAGUAAAUCAAUCUUUCAAUAAAUAUAAAGAACAGACAUAUCUGAUAUUUUUGAGAUGCCCUAAUUGUUGACUAAUAUGGAAUAGAUUAAAUAUCUUAAGUGGUUAGGAAAAUACGGAGAUGAUAGAAGAAAAAUUGGUCAGUGGAGAGCUACUUGGUAAAGAGAGAUUCUUUUGAAUGUUGGUGGGUAUUAUAGUUAAAUAUAAAAAUUAUCUUGAAAUUAGAUUCUACGAUGUUGAUGGAUAAAAGUAAGGACUCUGGAAAGAACUAAUAUAAAAUUUUUGGUCGUAAGUUUUUGUUAAUAAUUAUUAAUAGUGAAGCUCAAGUAUUUUAAAUAGGAGAAUAUUGGUAAAGUAAGAAAAUAGGAAUAUGGAGAUAUAUUUAUAAAGAUAAUAUAAUGUACUACAUUUAAUAAAUAUUUUAGUGGUGGAGGUCGAUAUAAUGAGAAAGGUUUAAAAAAUGGAAAAUGGAUUGAUUUGAGUCACAGAUUUUGGAAGUAUCUUUUUUUAAGAGAAUAACUAUUAGUCAGAAUUAAUUGAUGUAUGUGGGAGAAUAUAUAAAUGAUUUAAAAGUUGGUCAAUGGGAAAUUUGGUAUAAAAAAUAUUAGGGAAAUAAAAAAUUAAUACAGAUGUAAUUGAGUGAUAUUUAAAGUAUUAUUUUAAUUUUGUCAAACUUAAAAACAGUGGUGGUGGAAGCUAUAUUAUCAUAAAGGGAGUUAAUGGUAUUGCAAGUUCAUAAAAGAUUGGAAUAUGGGUUGAGUUUGGUAAUUCUUUUUUCAAGUAUUUAUGUUUAGUAUUAAAUUAUUAGUUAGAAUCCAGUAACAUAUUAUGGGCAAUAUAGAUAUGGUAGAAAAGUUGGUUAAUGGGAUAUAUGGUUAAAGAGUUUAAAUAUUUAUUGUAGAGAUGAAAAAAUGUAAGAAUUAAAAAAUUUAAAUCUAAUUUUCCUUGAAAUAAAAAGUGGAGGUGGAUAGUAUUGCGAAAAUUCAGAAUAUUAUGAUUGCAAUAUGGAGUCAAUAAAGAUUGGAAGGUGGAUUGAAUUGAAUGAGGAGUAAUUUUUAUUUGAAGUAAUAAAUUUUUUAGAAAUUGUUUAUUCACUUAUAAUGGUGAAUAUAAAAAUGGUAGAAAAGUUGGAAAAUGGGAUAUUUAUUAUCGAAAUAACAGGAUGUAAGAUUAUAUAUUGAAAGACUCAAAGUGGUGGAGGAUAAUAUGAUGAAGAAGAACAAAUUGAUAGUAAAAAAGGAUCAGUUAAAUUUGGAAGAUGGAUUGAAUUGAGCGAUGCAUUUUCUAAGUUUAUUUGUGGAUUAUUCCAAUAUUAGUGAUAGCUUCCUUACUUAAAAUGGUGAAUAUAAAAAUGGUAGAAAAGUUGGAAAAUGGGAUAUUUUUUAUUGCAAUAACAGGAUGUAACUAUCAAAUGAUAAUAUUUUUCUCUUCCUCAAAUAAAAUUGGAUAAUUAAAGUGGUGGUGGAUCAUAUUAUGAUACUCAGGAUUAUGUGUAAGGUGCUUAGAAUUAGAUAAAGAUUGGAAAGUGGAUUGAGUUGAGUGAUGGAUUCUACAAGUAUCAAUUCGAAUAAGUAUUAGUUUGAGCUAAGUCACUUAUGUAGGAGAAUAUAUAGAAGGUAAAAAAGUUGGUAGAUGGGAUAUUUGUUGGAAUUGGGGAGUAGAUCAAAAAAUGUAAUUCUUUAAAAUAUUUUAAUAAACAGAGCUGGAGGAUCAUAUGAUGAUUCUAGAAAGAUUGGGCAGUGGAUAGAAUUAUGUGAUGGAUUUUCAAGGUAAGAUUAUAUGGAUCAUUAAAUUAUUAGAGAUUAUUAAGUCACUUAUACAGGUUCAUAUGAAAAGGGCAGGAAAGUUGGUAGAUGGGAUACUUUAUAUUCAAAUUAAUUAUUGUAUACCAAUUAAAUAUUAUUUUUAAGUGGUGGAGGAUCAUAUGAUGAAAUUCAAGAUUGCUCUGAUAAUGCAGAAAAUUCAAUUAAGACAGGAGAUUGGAUAGAAUUAAGUGAUAGAUUUUAUUGGGAUAAUCAAAUCGCUCUAAAUGGUACAUAUAAAAAUGGUAGAAAAAUUGGUUUAUGGUAUAUGAUUGAUUUAGAUGGAGAUAAAAUAAUGUAAGAUAUUUUAUAAAUUACAUUUUAAGUGAUGAAAUAAAAUAUGAUGGUUGAAAAGAG